GAGCGGCACGGGAUUGCCUGACGGCGUUGGAGAAGUGAAAUCAUCAUCAUCAUCAUCAUGGCUCUUGGGCGCGGCGUAGCGCCGUCUACUUCGACACGUGUCAAUUGUGAGGGCAACGGCCGAGGGUUCGCCGAUCAUCAUCCCUCCAGAGGGAAGUUUGCCGGUCGUUGGGAUUGGGGAGGUAGCGCGGGACCGGUCGGCGGUCCCGAUGUCGCUGGCGGCGGUGGGGGCGGGGGCGGGGGGGGGGGGGGGGGCGGGGGCGGCGGCGGCGGCGGCCGUCGCUCCGACGAGAGCUCUGUGACUCCUGCCCCUCCCUUUCUGCAGCGCAUUGUUCCUCUGGGCGGGGGAGAAGAUUCCAACGACACUGCACUUUGUUGCAGCCAGGACUUCUUCUGUACCCCUGAUUUCAUCACACCUGUCGAACAACAGUUCUCCGUUGAUCUUGAUGCCACGCGGAUGGACAAGAUCGCGCCACGCAACUCGCCCGUGCAAAUGACCCCUCCUCGCGGGAAACGCCCCCGGGAAGACCUGAGCUUUUUGUGCUGGGCAGGUCAGGAUCCCAGCGCACAAGGGGAUCAUCAUAAUCAUCAUCAUCAUCAUCAGCAGCAACAGGACCAGGAUCCGGAGGCGCUGUGGUCGCCCGUCUCGCUGGGAAAAGGGACCCAGCGGCAGCAGCACCAGCAGCAGCACCAGCAGCAGCUGGAACAAGUGCCGUUAUGGUCGCCGCCGCCAUCAGCAAGAAGGAAAGGGGGGAGAGGGGUGGAGGAGAGCGAGCACGCGGAGCCUCUGUGGUCCCCCCCUCCUGCUACUCAAAAACUAGGGAAAGAACUAUCGUCCCCAACGUCCGAUUGCGGACAAGUGUCACUCUCCUCCCAGCCUCAGCAGCAAUCAUGGGAUAAGAUGGCAGUGACGACGAUGAGGCAGAAGACUCCAUCAGCGCCGGAAACUUCGAUGAAGGAUCACACCGGCUUGCGCCCGGUCCCGAUGUCCAUCGAGAAGCUCCCCACCGAUGAGGCCAUCAUCGGUAGCAGGCUGGGACUACCGGGAUCCGGAUGUCAACGGGGGGAUGACGCCAUGCUGGGAUCGCCCAGCCCAUCUAACGGACUUGCAUCCCCAAUGAGAGUGGACUUGUCAUCGUCGGCGAAUGGCACGCCGCAAUCUCAUUAUCAACGGGUGACAACUUCCAGGGCCGAUGAUCAGGCCCGCAGAGACCAACAAGGAGGCAGACACCGGACGGUGGGAGAGGGAUCGGGAUUACGAACGGGACCAGGUCCCGAUUGCAUGCGAUUUGCCACAGGGGCACAUGAUGAGGAACCAUGCGGGAAUCUGAGGCAAAGAACAGACGGGGCUCUGUUCCAUCAACAAAACCCGGGCGAUGGCACGUGUCUUCAAGGAGGAGGAGGUGGAGGAGGACGAGGACGAGGAGGAGGAGAGGGAUGGGCGAGAGGAGGGGGAUGGGGAGGAGGAGGAGGAGGAGGAAGAGGAGGAGAGGUAUGGGCGAGAGGAGGGGGAUGGGGAGGAGGAGGAGGAGGAGGAGGAGGAGGAGGAGGAGGAGGAGGAGUGGUGGGGUUGUCGUUCAAGAAGGAUGAAGAAGAUGAGGAGGGUGGUCAUAUGAUAGCCUCGGCUUUUUGUGGCAGGGGAAUCGGCGAACGAGGAGGAGGAGCAGGUGGACCUGAUGUCUCCAAUCUCGUGCUUGCACCAAUUCCCCCCAACACUCGUACUCGACUCGCUGCCUUGAGAAGACGUCUUAAGCAAUCCCCCUUUUGGAUCCGGAACCCAUUCUUAUCAGAAGACGACAAAGGAGGGUCGGCAGCAGCAGGAGAAGCAGGUACACAAGGUGGAGGAAGAGGAGGAGGGAGAACAGGGGAAGGACCAGGAGGAAGAGGUGGCGGUGAAGGAGGAGGAGCAGCAGGAGCAACAGGAACACAAGGAGGAGUAGGAGGAGGGAGCGCAGGAGGUAGAGGUGGAGGAGGGAGUACAGGAGGAAGAGGAGGAGGAGGAGGAGGGAGUGCAGGAGGAAGAGGAAGAGGAGAAGUCGAGGAAUCGGAUGGGCGGAAGUUGGCUAAUGGCUCUGCUGUUGGAGUGAAGUCUUGUUCUGUAAUUACUUCUUUGCCCCCUACAAGUGACUUCAUCUCCAGGUAUCGGGAGGACUUUCAGGAGAUUGCAGAAAUUGGUCGAGGGCAUUUUUGUCGUGUUUACAAAGUUCGCCAUCGAAUCGACGGCUGUCUUUAUGCCGUCAAAAGGACAAAUCGACAGCUACUCAGUGAUCUGGACAGGAGAAAGGCACUCACAGAAGUCCAGGCCCUUUCGGUGGCUGGCUGUCAUCCCAACAUUCUACGGUAUUAUACUUCUUGGUUUGAGAACGAUUACUUGUACAUUCAGACCGAACUUUGCUCCGCAAGUCUUUUGCAUAUACGAAACAAUGGAUCCCGAUUUUCUGAGACAGAUCUCCUGCAGAUUCUGUCCCAGCUUUCCAAAGGCUUGGCCCAUCUCCACAACAGAGGACUGGUGCACCUCGACCUAAAACCCGAUAACAUCUAUGUGUUGGAAGACCAAGGGGUAUACAAGAUUGGCGAUUUUGGGAGAGCGACAAAGUGUGAUGCCAGCAUGGAUAUCGAAGAAGGAGAUGCUAGGUACAUGCCGUUAGAGAUUCUUAAUGAUAACUACAGCCAAUUACCGAAGACUGACAUGUUUUCGCUCGGAGUGACGGUUUACGAACUGGCCAGAGGAACCCCUCUUCCAUCGUCUGGGCAUCAAUUUCAAGCCAUCAGGCAAGGAAAGGUCAUGCUUUUGCCUGGGUAUUCUUUGCCAUUCCAGCAGCUAAUUAAACAGUUGUUGAAUCCGAAUCCUUCCUUCAGACCUUCGGCAGAAGAAGUCCUUCGCCAUCAAGUCUUCGUCAAGCUGAGGAGCGCUUCGGAUUGAUCGACGGGAUUUGAAUUCUUUUCCCUUUCAGCAACUAAUGUAAAUGUUUGUGCUGUCAAUUUGUCACAUUCGAAUGC